CAACAAGAAAAGCCUUUCAUUUUAACCUGGCUGUUUUUGAAGAAGUGACUCAGACAACUUCAUGGCCUCUAAAGAUGCACAUAUCCCAAAAAGCAGAGGGCUGCCUCGUUUUCUUCCUGGAGCUCCAGACACAGAGCAAAACCCUAAUCCAGGAAACCAAGAAUGGCGGCCAGGUCUCACUCCACCAAGCAGCUUCUUGUCAACAGUCUGCCUCCCCCCUGGUCUAGAAUAUUUAAGCCAGUUAGAUCUGAUAAUUAUACACCAGCAGGUGGAGCUUCUCGGAAUGAUACUUGGCACUGAGACUUCUAACAAGUAUGAGAUUAAAAAUGGCUUGGGACAAAGAAUUUACUUUGCAGUGGAAGAAAGCAUUUGCUUCAAUCGUACUUUCUGUUCCACUCUGCGAUCCUGCACCCUGAGAAUCACAGAUAACUCAGGUCGAGAGGUGAUCACAGUAAACAGGCCCUUGAGGUGUAAUAGCUGUUGGUGCCCUUGCUACCUGCAAGAGUUAGAAAUCCAAGUCCCUCCGGGUACUGUAGUUGGUUAUGUUGCUCAGAAGUGGGACCCCUUUCAACCCAAAUUCACAAUACAAAAUGCAAACAAAGAAGAUAUUUUGAAAAUUGUUGGUCCUUGCGCAACAUGUGGCUGUUUUGGAGAUGUGGAUUUUGAGGUGAAAACCAUGAAUGAAAAGCUUACCAUUGGGAAGAUUUCAAAGUACUGGUCAGGAUUUGUAAAUGAUGUCUUCACAAAUGCGGACAACUUUGGCAUCCACGUUCCUGGAGACCUAGAUGUGACAGUCAAAGCAGCCAUGAUCGGUGCUUGUUUUCUCUUUGAUUUUAUGUUCUUUGAACAUUCACUAGCUGGAUUAUAACAAGCAAGAUGAUGAAAACAAUAAAAUAUGCAGAAUAUAUUUCAAUAUCCCUUGGGCCCUGGAUUUCAUUUCUGAAUGGUUUGAGUAUUUUUCUCUCUUUUUUUGUAACAAAAUGUUAAUUAUUAUAUUUAUUAAAACAUAAUUUAAUGAGGCAAUUAUCCAGCUGUGAAUGCAUGACAGCUAAAUACACAAUUACUGGCCUGAGCACAAGGUUGCUUUGAGAGAUUACCAUUCUUUCUUUUUAUCCUUUUGAAGUUAUUGCAAUGGUAAGCAUGAAAGAUGAGAACUAAGGCUUUCAGAAUCACUGAUGAAAAUUCAAUGUUUAGAGAAUACUUUGAAGUUUUUUCUGGUACUAAGGGUAGUUACUAAUCAAAAGGACUGAAUGUCUAAAAUAUUUUUUUUCAAAAGUAGUCCCUUUUGACUUU